AGAAGCAUUUUCCUUUAAAAAGUACACCAAUAGUCACAAGUGGGCUUAUUCCAUCAUAACCGAUGCUUGCGUGUUUAUCUUCAAUUCCGGAAAAAAAUUUUCAAGCCGUAAUCAUUUUCCUGGUCUCCACAUUUUGGAACAUGUUCAUUUGUGAUGUAGUGAUAACCCAGACUUGAGCCCGCCGGACACAUCCCCAUGAGUUUCUUUGAUGUGCCACUGGUCUGAAGCAUCUGUAAAAUAUCAGUUUCAGGUUGGGUGAAAUAUGGAGACUUGUGUAAAGCAAAGCACAGCCACACAAUGAAGUGACCAGAUAAAAUUUCAAUAGGGUUGUGCUCAGCUUUAAAAACAGCAUCAGCCAUGUCUUCAGAUGACAAAAAGGCACGCCUCAUGGCUGACUUGUUUGGGGACAAGCCAGCUAGCUCCACAUCAGCCAAGCCACGCACCAUGCUGGAUGACAUUCUGAGUGCCAAGCCGUCUCCGUCUCCGGCCGUGGAGGCAACGCCGCCCCUGCCAGCGAACGAUGCUGGACGACAUACUCUCAGGCAAGCAGUCGGGCCCGCCGCCUGCCGAGGCCACACCGCAGCGCCAGCGCACCAUGUUCGACGACAUCCUCUCCAGCAAGCCGUCCGGCUCGGCCUCAUCGGCGCCGGCAGAGGCCACGCCCUCGCGCCAGACCACCCUGUUCGACGACAUGGUCUCGGGCAAGCCGACGGCCGACGACGGUGGCGGCGACGUCAACAUGGGCGGGUAUGAGCCGUCGGCGACGCGCUCUGGCCGGCCGCGUCGUCAGCGCGCGCCGCCCGCCGCCGAUCCGCUGAAUCUUUUCUCGCCUAAGCAGCCGUCGUCGCCGGCGCCGCAGCGCGAGCUGUUCUCCGAGCGGGAGGGCGCGGCGCUGGCGCGCGAGAAGCGGCUGAAUGAUGACUGGAGCGCCCGGCUGGCCGAGGUUAACAAGAUGCUCGCGGAGAAGGAGGCCGAAGUGCUCAAGUUACAGAGCGCGUCUGGCGCGCACCAGCUGGAGAAGGAGCGACUCGAGGAGCACAUCGCCCUGCUGAAGAGGUUGGCUGAGGAGGAGCGGAGUCAGCUCGAGGAGUCCUGCAGACACCGGCUGGCCACGGCCGACGAGUCCUACCAGCGGCGAGAGAAGCAGCUGAUGGAGGAGAACAGCAGGCUGAGGGACGAGUUCAGGGACCGGCUGAAGCGGCACCAGGAGGAGGCGUCGUGGGCGGCCACCUCCCACCUGCGCCACCUGUCGACCAUUGAGGGAGUCCAAAGCGCCGAGUUCGGCCGCCUCAAGACCACAUAUGAGGAGAGCCUGGCCGGCAUGCGCGGUGAACACGAGAUGGUGGUGGCCCGGCUGAGCGAGCUCCGGAACGCAGAGGUGGACGCCGUGCGCAGCACCAGCAAAUACACGGGAAUGCUGGAUGACGCCAUACACCAGCUGCAAAAGACCUCCGAUGUCACUGAAGACCUGCUAGCUCGGAUCAGCCACAAGUAUGACGUCACGCUGCAGGCCCGGGAGACACUGCUCCGGGAGAAAGAACAGCAGCUCAAAGAGACGGAGGGAAAGCUGGAGAGGGUGCAGCAGGACACGACCAAGGAGCGAGAGCAUCUGCAGGAGCUGAUCGCCAAGCUGCAGUACAACCUAGACGCGUCCAGCUCGGAAGCCAAGGAGGCCAAACACCGCUUGGAGCAGCAGCAGGUGCGCGUGGAAGCUCGUGAGGCAGCCCUGGACCGCGAGCGGAGCGCUCUGGUAGAACGCGUGGAGCGGGAGCGGCAGCAGCUAGAGGGCUUCCGUCGUGAGCUGCUGGAGGAGCAGCGCCUCUGGCUGGAGGAGGUCAACUCGGAGCGGCACGAUAUAGCGGCCGCGCACGCCCGCCUGGACGCCCGGCUCCGACUGGCUGGUCUGCCCGAGCGCAGCAGGGGCACGAAGUUCGUGCCCGAUCACCAGCCGACGGUGGCCGAGCUGGACGGCAUGUACCGGACGUUGGCGGAGGAACGGACUGCCGCCGCCGAGGAGCGCGACAGGCUGGCCGCGCUGCAGGCCGAGGCCAAGCAGGCGGUGCUGGCCGCCGACUCUCGGCAGCAGGCCAUGAGCCGCGAGCUGGAGCGGCUUCAGAGCCAGGCCCAGCUGCUCAAGCUCAAGAGCCAGGAGGUGGACGACGUCUCGGAGAUGGCGAUGCGUACCCGCGACGACGGCCGGCGCGCGCUGGACGAGGCGCACGCGCUGCGGGGUGAGCUGACCAAGCAGCAGCUGCUGCUGGAGCGUCAACAGUCCAAAGUGAAGGCACAAGAGCAGCUGCUGGCCCAGGAGCGGAUGCGGCUGAUCCAGGAGCGUCAGGCGCGACCCUCGCGCGCCCGGCCCGGUCCCGGCCCCGGCCCCGGCCCCGCCUCUGGGGCCGGUCUCAGCGUACCGGUCGGAGGUGCCGAGAGGACGCUGGGAGACGGCGCACCCGGCUCAGAGGUUGUGUCGGUGGACCCGACCGUGCUUCUGUGGAAGCUGCGGGCGGACGAAGACCGGGAGUUCCUAGAUCGGGAGGCCGCCUUCAUCAAACAGCUGACUUCCAGCAGCUGAGACCAGACCUCGAGCAACAGCUGGCACCCCGUUUUCAGACUGCCGCUCUCCCGGAUGGGGGGACCGCCUGCUUCCAUUGUCUCGCCUCUGGUUCUUGAUACAAGCCUGCUGUCAACUCGAUGCUCCCACCCACCAUAGACUAGGAGAUGGCCUUCGACCAACAGCACUAUUCGGGCGGUGCGUCACAACCGUGCUCGUACCGGCACGCGGCCAUCGGCCAUUGCCAUCGGGCUCCAUGACCGUUGUAUAGGCCGCGGAUCCGUGGUCGGUGGGACGUGUGAAGUUAGUGGGACGGUGAUGCCGUCAGCAUUUGGGCUGCCCUCCAGCAGCUGUUGAGGGCUAUCUGAUCUCUCCGCCGGUGUUCCCCGGCAAUGUCUGCAUGUGAUAGACAAGUACACGAGGAUCAGUUUUCAUUUGCGGGCCCCACCCGGCCAACGAUCACUGCCACAUGAGUGACUUGGGUGGAGAAAAAUUGCAUGUGUCGUGUUCGCUACAAAAUAGAGUCUGUGGUUGUGCA